GCCAGACACUCAGCCAUGAGACCGCUCAUCCUGGCCUUCAUUGGCAUCUGCUUUCUCACUGCACAUGUGGUAGAAGGUGUGGGCAGUGAAGUCCCAGAUAGGAGUAUCUGUGUGAGUCUAACCACCCAACGACUGCCCGUGAACAGAAUCAAGACCUACACCAUCAAGGAGGGCUCCAUGAAAGCGGUGAUUUUUAUUACCAAACGUGGCCUGAAAGUCUGUGCUGAUCCGCAAGACAAGUGGGUGAAAGCAGCGAUCAAGAGCGUGGACAGCAAGUCCAAAACCAAAAGUAACCUGCUUCAGACCAAGCCAACAGGAGCCCAACGCUCCACAAACACAGCUGUGACCCUGACUGGGUAGUGGCCUUCCGGUACCUUGUCCCCUCACUAGUUGGCCAGGUCAUUUCACUUUACAAGUUCAUGGAACAAUUAAGUUGUACUCACUUUUUAUGAAAGUGCUGCAUGAAUCAAAUUAUUUUCGUGUAUUUUUGUUUUUUAAUGUCUUUCAUAUUCAUUGAGAUGUUCUAAUUAAUAAAUAUUUAUUAUCAA